ACAAAACCUGUUAGAGUAGAAACCAAUCACAGCUUUUGAGAAUAAAUGCCCAGGGAAAUAUCAGAAGAACCAGUGUGAUCACAUAGAAGAUAAGAGAUUAGAAGGGAGGAAUAUUGUUACAUGUUAAUUAAUGAAAAAUGAGAAAAUAAGUUUGAAAAGUGACUUAGAUUUGGUGAUAUAUUUGUGGUAACAGAGACUGUUGUUACAAAUAAUGAGAAUGAAGUAAAUUAUUGCAGAACAGCUAACCGACCAUAUAUCAUAGAAAUAUGUGCAUUUUCAUUCAGAUAUUUAAUGGACACUGUUAUUUUUUCCUAAAGAUACUGGACACAGAACAUGACAGGAAGAAAUCAAACUGUUAUCUCAUACUUCUUCCUCCAGGGCCUGCCGGUUGAGCCAGAGCAACAAAACCUAUUCUUUGCCCUGUUCCUGGCCAUGUAUCUUACCACCGUCCUGGGGAACCUCCUCAUCAUUUUCCUGAUUCGCCUGGACUCUCAGCUCCACACGCCCAUGUAUUUGUUUCUCAGCAAUUUGUCUCUGUCUGAUAUCUGUUUCUCUUCAGUGACCAUUCCCAAAUUGUUGCACAACAUGCAGAGCCAAGACCCAUCCAUCCCCUACGCAGGCUGCCUGACCCAGAUGUACUUCUUCCUGUUUUUUGCAGACCUGGAGAGCUUCCUCCUUGUGGCCAUGGCCUAUGACCGCUAUGUGGCCAUCUGCUUCCCCCUGCACUACACCACCAUCAUGGGCCCCAAGCUCUGUCUCUCCCUGGUGGCGCUGUCCUGGGGGCUGACCACGAUGCAUGCCAUGUUACACACACUGCUCAUGGCUAGGUUGUGUUUUUGUGCCGACACUGUGAUUCCUCACUUUUUCUGUGACAUGUCUGCUCUGCUGAAGCUGUCCUGCUCUGACACUCAAGUUAAUGAGUUGGUGAUAUUUAUCAUGGGAGGGCUCAUUCUUGUCAUCCCGUUCCUACUCAUCAUCCUGUCCUAUGCACGAAUUGUUUCAUCCAUCCUCAAGGUCCCUUCUGCUAGAGGUAUUCGCAAGGCCUUCUCCACAUGUGGCUCCCACCUGGCUGUGGUGUCACUGUUCUAUGGGACAGUUAUUGGUCUCUAUUUAUGCCCAUCAGCUGAUAAAUCUACUGUGAAGGAGAUGGUCAUGGGUAUGAUGUACACUGUGGUGACGCCCAUGCUGAACCCGUUCAUCUACAGCCUGAGGAACAGAGACAUGAAGGGAGCCCUGGGAAGAGUCCUUUGUAAAAAGAAAACUUCCUUCUUUAUAUGAUGGUGAAACUUGAACUUUUAUAUAUUUAUUAAAUUUAUUGGAGUGCCAUUGGUUAAUAAGAUUUUAUAGGUUUCAAGUGUACAUUUCUAUGAUCCAUGAGACAAGAUGAAAUACUGCCAUUUGCCACAGUGUAGAUGGGCCUUGAGAAUAUCAUGCUAAGUCAAAUAUGUCAGAUAGAAAAAGAACCACGAUUUCUUUCAUAUGUGGUAUAUAAAAUGGACUUCUUGCACAAUUAUAUCCAGUGACAUAAUAUUGAUAUUAUUAUUGGGAUAUUAACUAUGCUCCUUUUAAAAUAUUGGUCUUUAAAAAAAAUCUUUUUGUUGACAUUAUUACAGAUGUCCCCCACCUUCCCCCGUUAUCCCCUUCCACCCAGUUCCUGCACUACCUCGGGCCUUCACCACCCUAUUGUCUGUGUCCAUAGGUAAUGCAUAUCUCUACUAAUAAAAGCCUAGGUGGCCCUUGCCUGCGAUGUCGUCACCAGAUUGGCACACAAGAUAGCCGCCACAUAGAUGGCCGCCACAAGAUGGCCGAGUGCACCGCUGAGGUGGGGUCCAGCGGCUGCUUCAUGCCAUGAGCCUGGGGGUCCCAUGGCUCCGCACGGCAAGGACGAGGCGGGUCCCAGUGGAGGAGGCGGGUCGCGGCAGUGGAGGGCAGUUGUGGGUGAUCAGGCUGGCAGGGGAAGGGCAGCUGUGGGCGAUUGGGCCAGCAGGAGAGGGCAGCUGGGAGCGAUUGGGCCUGCAUGGGAGCAGUUAGGCGUCAAUCAGGCUGGCAGGGGAGUGGUCAGGGGGCGAUCAGGUUGGUAGGCAGAAGCAGUUAGGGGCAAUCAGGCAGGCAGGCAGGCUGGCGAGCAGUUAGGAGCCAGUGUUCCUGGAUUGUGAGAGGGAUGUCCAACUGCCAGUUUGGACCUCCCCCUAGGGGGUCCCAGAUUGGAGAGGGUACAGGCCGGGCUGAGGGACACCAACCUCCCACCCCUGUUAAUGAAUUUCGUGCACCGGGCCACUAGUAUGAAUAUAAAUUCUUUGGUUAAUCUCUUCCUG